AUGAAGCUCACGCCCUUUCUGCUCCUAGCAGCGACUGCUGAAGCACAUUACAGAUUCUCCAAGCUCAUCGUCAACGGCGUAGCCGAGGAGAAGGAAUGGACUUCAGUCCGCCAGACCAAGAACUAUCAAGGCAACUAUGGCGUGACGGACGUCAACAGCCCGGACAUUCGCUGCUUCCAGAUGAAGCCGGGAACUUCGACGGCCACGGUAGCUGCCGGCGACAGGCUUGGCUUUGUGGCCAUGUCAGCCGUGACGCACUUCGGCCCGGUUUCGUUCUACAUGGCGAGGGUGCCUGAGGGGCAAAAUAUCAAUACCUGGGACGGCGCCGGAAGCGUGUGGUUCAAGGUGGCCGAAAUCAGUGCGGUUCCCGGUCCCAACGGGGCUCUCACCUCUGGAGAGGCCACCUGGCCUGCGUAUAACAAGAAGCAGGUGGAAUUCACGGUGCCCAAGAGCGUGCCCAGCGGCAAGUACCUCGUCCGCGUCGAGAGCAUUGCCCUGCACCAAGCGCAGUCUGCUGGCGGCGCCCAGAUCUAUCUCUCGUGUGCGCAGGUUGAGAUCACCGGGGGCGGAAACGGCAAGCCCGGUCCAUUGGUCGCUUUCCCGGGAGCGUAUCGAUCGAAUGACCCGGGUCUGCUGUGGUCAUACUAUCCCGUGCGGACGAGCUACAAGGCUCCUGGCCCAGAUGUGUGGCAGGGCUAA